CUUAUUAAGCAAUUUUAUAUUAUCUAAAAUAUAUAUUACAUGUUUAAUUCACCUUUAUGUAGUUUAUUUCUACGUAUAUAUGGAUAUACACAUGCCCACAGUUGCCCUUUUCCAAAGAGGACUGUGUUGUACUUCUUUUUAGGGUGAUGAGGCAACAGUACUUAACAUCUCUGUCCAGAGAGCUUAAUCUCUUUGCUUAUUCUUGAUCUUUUUUUUAGUCUAAAUCAAAGUCUUCUCUUUCAGAUACCUUCUUGAAAUAAAAAAUUUUCCUACCUGCUCAUACUUGGUGACUGAGGGAUUACUGAGACCCCCCUUCGUGCUCAUUUUUGAGUAUUGUCUGAACUAUUCCUGACACUAUGAAUGCUAUUUGGAUGCCUCUUAAGUCUGUUCUCUGGGGAGGCAGUAAAGGGCCGUGGAGCUGGCCUCGGCACCGGGAGAGGCUGGACUUCCUGUCUCUCUGUGCUGAAUGGCUGCGAUGGCGCCCGCUCUCACUGACGCAGCAGCUGAAGCACACCAUAUCCGGUUCAAACUGGCUCCCCCAUCCUCCACUUUGUCCCCUGGCAGUGCCGAAAACAACGGCAACGCCAACAUCCUUAUUGCUGCCAACGGAACCAAAAGAAAAGCCAUUGCUGCAGAGGAUCCCAGUCUAGACUUCCGAAAUAACCCUAAGGAAGACUUGGGAAAGCUGCAACCACUGGUGGCGUCUUAUCUCUGCUCCGAUGUAACACCUGUUUCCUCAAAGGAGUCAUUGAAAUUGCAAGGUGUCUUCAGCAAGCAGACAGUCCUUAAAUCUCACCCUUUCUUAUCUCAGUCCUAUGAACUCCGAGCUGAGCUGUUGGGGAGACAGCCAGUUUUGGAGUUUUCCUUAGAAAAUCUUAGAACCAUGAAUACGAGUGGUCAGACGGCUCUGCCACAAGCACCUGUAAAUGGGUUGGCUAAGAAAUUGACUAAAAGUUCAACACAUUCUGAUCAUGACAAUUCCAGUCCCCUCAAUGGGGGAAAACGAACUCUCACUUCAUCUUCUCAGGGGGGUGAAAUGGUGGCAUCUGAAUCUGGGGACUUGAAGGGGGGUAUGACCAAUUGCACUCUUCCACAUAGAAGCCUUGAUGUAGAACACACAACUACAUUUAGCAAUAAUAGCACUGCAAACAAAUCUUCUGCAAAUUCCAUGGAACAGCCAGCACUUCAAGGAAGCAGUAGGUUAUUACCUGGCACAGACUCCAGUUCUAACUUGGGGUGUGUCAAGUUAGAGGGUAAAAAGUCUCCCCUGUCUUCCAUUCUUUCCAGUGCUUUAGAUUCUGACACAAGGAUAACAGCUUUACUGCGGCGGCAGGUUGAUAUUGAGAACCGUGCCCGCAGGUUACAGAAGCGCUUACAGGUUGUACAAGCCAAGCAGGUGGAGAGGCAUAUACAGCAUCAGCUGGGUGGAUUUUUAGAGAAAACUUGGAGCAAACUGCCAAAUUUGGAAUCCUUGAGGCCCCGAAGCCAGUUGAUGCUGACUCGAAAGGCUGAAGCUGCAUUGAGAAAAGCUGCCAGUGAGACCACCACUUCAGAGGGACUUAGCAACUUCCUGAAAAGCGAUUCGAUUUCAGAAGAAUUGGAGAGAUUUACAGCUAGUGGUAUAGCCAACUUGAGGUGCAGUGAACAAGCAUUUGAUUCAGAUGUCACUGACAGUAGCUCAGGAGGAGAGUCUGAUAUUGAAGAAGAAGAACUGACGAGAGCUGAUCCUGAGCAGCGCCAUGUACCCCUGAGGCGCAGGUCAGAAUGGAGAUGGGCUGCAGACCGAGCAGCUAUUGUCAGCCGCUGGAACUGGCUUCAGGCUCAUGUUUCCGACUUGGAAUAUCGAAUUCGGCAGCAAACAGAUAUUUACAAACAGAUACGUGCUAAUAAGGGGUUGAUAGUUCUUGGAGAGGCGUCUCCUCCAGAGCAUACAACAGCAGACUUAUUUCUUCCACUUAGUUCUGAGGUCAAGACAGAUCAUGGGAGUGAUAAAUUGACCGAGUCUGUUUCUCAGCCACUGGAAAACCAUGGUGCCUCUGGUCAUCCUGCAGAGUCAUUAUCUACCAAAUCAUAUGGAGCAUUGAGACCUGUCAAUGGAGUUAUUAACACUCUUCAGCCUGUCUUGGCAGACCACAUUCCAGGGGACAGCUCUGAUGCUGAGGAACAAUUACAUAAAAAACAACGACUGAAUCUAGUUUCUUCAUCAACUGAUGGCACCUGUGUGGCUGCCCGAACACGUCCCGUGCUGAGCUGUAAGAAACGGAGGCUUGUUCGACCCAACAGCAUCGUUCCUCUUUCCAAGAAGGUUCACCGCAACAGCCCGAUGCGCUCUGGCUGUGAUGUGAAUCCCUUCUGUGCACUGUGUGGCUCAGGCAGUGCCAACACCAUGCCUCCAGAAAUCCACUACGAAGCCCCUCUGUUGGAACGCCUUUCCCAGUUGGACUCUUGUGUUCACCCAGUUCUGGCAUUUCCAGAUGAUGUUCCCACAAGCCUGCACUUCCAGAGCAUGCUGAAAUCACAGUGGCAGAAUAAACCUUUUGACAAAGUCAAACCUCCCAAAAAAUUUUCAUUUAAGCACAGAGCACCCAUGCCAGGCAGUCUGCCAGAUCCAACUCGUAAAGACAGGCACAAGUUGGUCAGCUCCUUCCUAACAACAGCCAUGUUGAAGCAUCACACAGAUUUGAGCAGUUCGAGCUACUUGGCAGCCUCCCACCACUCACCGCACAGUCCCUUGGUGCGACAGCUCUCCACCUCAUCAGACACCUCUGCAUCCACCAGCUCCAGCCCCCAGGUUACAGCCAGCACAUCUCAGCCAAUAAGGAGGAGAAGGGGGGAGAGCUCAUUUGAUAUCAACAACAUCGUCAUCCCAAUGUCUGUUGCUGCAACAACCCGUGUAGAGAAAUUGCAAUACAAGGAAAUCCUUACUCCCAGCUGGCGGGAGGUCGAUCUUCGAUCUCUGAAGGGGAAUCCUGACGAAGAGAACGAGGAGAUCGAGGACCUGUCUGAUGCAGCCUUCGCCGCCCUGCAUGCCAAAUGUGAGGAGAUGGAGAGGGCUAGGUGGCUGUGGACCACAAGCGUGCCACCCCAGCGGCGGGGCAGCAGGUCUUACAGGUCAUCAGACGGCCGGACAACCCCACAGCUGGGUUGUGCCAACCCCUCCACCCCCCAGCCCGCCUCUCCUGAUGUCAGUAGUAGCCACUCUUUGUCGGAGUUCUCCCACGGUCAAUCCCCUAGGAGCCCCAUCAGCCCAGAACUGCACUCGGCCCCCCUCACCCCUGUAGCACGGGACACUCUACGACACCUAGCCAGUGAAGACACACGCUGUUCCACGCCAGAGCUGGGGCUGGAUGAACAGUCUGUCCAGCCAUGGGAGCGGCGAACCUUCCCCCUGGCGUACAGUCCCCAGGCAGAGUGUGAGGACCAACUGGAUGCGCAGGAACGGGCAGCCCGCUGCACUCGGCGCACCUCAGGCAACAACAAGACUGGCCGGGAGACAGAGGUGGCACCCACUUCACCUCCCAUUGUCCCCCUCAAGAGUCGGCAUCUGACAGCAACAGUUACAACUCAGCGUCCAACUCACAGAUGAGCGGGAUACGAGAAUCUAAACAGACUCACUAACUAUUGGCAUUAAAGCUUCAGAAAUCUCUGCGUUUGAUAUUCAAACAUCAUAUGCCGGAAAUUUUCACGGUUUUUAGUGAAUUUAAACAAUUUAGAUUCUACUUUGGUAUUUUUUUUUCCCUUGUUUUGAUUUUUGUUCUGUUUUGGUUUUGGUUUCCAUGUUUUGUUGUCACACACCUGAGCACUUCCUCCAGUUGGCAAACAGAAGUUCAGGAUAAGACCCUGCCAGCCUGGUCCUGGCACAUCCUCUGCACUGUUGAAUCACUGGACUUAGCGAUGUUUGAUGAUCGCCUCUCCCUCGCACCUGUGGGCAGGGUGGGACAGCCAAGUGGGCAGAGGGAAUGGAAAGCCCCAGCUCAGUAUUGCCCCCUUAGGUUAGGGUGGGAGAGAGCAGCUCCCUCCUCAGCCCUCCCCUCCCCUCCCGUCCCCUCCCAUUCGUGGCUUGGCUCAGCUCCAGCCCUCCUGGCUGGGUCUCCCUUGGUCAUCUGUGCUGGAGCACCCCCGUCAGAGUCUCUUAGCCAUAACUGCCAGCUGGAAUGGCUUCCCCCUGUCAUCCAGAUCUCGCAGAUGAAUGUUGGGUUUCCUCUGCAUUUGGUUAUCUUUGUUUUGACUCCUUAACUGCAGUUAAACUGGCUGCGGCUGCUCAGGUCCCCAUCCUGCCCCUUUGUGCCCUCUCGUCUGCUCCCCCAUGCCAUACAUACCCACACACAGCAGUCCUUCCACUUGGACUUUUUUACCCUGUCCUGGUCCAUGAAGGUAGAGUUAGGACUACUUAACCUCUAUUCCUACUCCUCUGCAAACCUAGGGGUCUGGGAAGUGAGCAGCCAUCUCCUCUGUGUAAUUCCGUUUCCCUGGCUGAUUCAGUCAUGUUUCCUCCCCAUCCAGUUCCCUGUCAGUGUCAGUUCGGCCCUUUGUCUUUUAAGUUCCCCUUUCCUGUGGAACGUUGUCUGGUCCUAGCUGUGGUUCCCAUCACUCUCCAUUAUCACCCCCUGGUUGUUAACCUUGUGCCUGUCUCAUGUAUGAUUACAUUACCAAAAAGGGGGCAAUAAGGACUUUUUUUUUUUUUUUUCCAUUUUGUAAUCAUAUAAAAAUAGUAGACAAGCUGCUUAAUGGUUGGGGUUUUUUCACAAUUUUCAACAUUAGUGAUUUUUUUGAUUCUGUUUGCAAUUUAAAGGGUUUGUCAUUGUUUCUUUAAAAAAACAAUAAUGCACCAUAUCCCUAUGCAUAAAGUGCUUCUUCUAUUUAUAAGGUUGAAAAUUCUGAAUAACCCUUUUAGCAUUGUAAAAAAAAAAAACAAAAACAAAAAUGGAAAAAAAAACCUUGUAUUUUGUAAAUAUUUUCUUUUUCUGCUUUGAGCUGUGUAUUGGCAGCGAGACAUGUAGCUGUCUUUGUUCUAUAGAAAUGCUUUUCUUCAGAGAAGCUGAUCUUUGUUAAUGUCUUGAUUCUGUUCGCAAAGCACAGACUAGUGCUUUAAAAAAAAAAGAAAGGAAAAAGUGAAAAAAAUAAUAAAAAAAAGUUACAGAA